AUGCGUGUAUUUCUCUACUUAUAUGACAUUUUCUCCAGUCUUCGUCCUUGGUCCUUGGUACUGGUUCCAUACUUCCACUCUGUCCUAGGUCUUGUCCCAGACUCUCUGUCCCACACGUCGGUCGAGUCUGUAAGGGUAAGGCCCAUCCCUGAGCGGCAGUUGUCUCAGCAGGAUGAGGAGGGACGGCAGCUACGUGUGGUACUGAACACCAAUGACCCCGACUAUGAGCACAUCUACUCCAUUGAGAGCUACAGUGAUCUUCAGGAGGAAGAUGCUGAUCUCACCCCAACAUCUAUACUGGCAAACGACGAAGCCAACACUGCUGAACCUCUGGAAGCUUCCCGACGCAAGAGAGAGAGCCCCGGGGCAGCCUUAGCACAGCCAUGCUCGCUGCCCUUGGAUGAAGGCAGCUGCUCCAACUACACGCUGAGGUGGUACUUCAACACCCAGGCAGGAACCUGCCGGCCCUUCGUCUAUAGUGGCUGCGGGGGUAACGAGAACCACUUCUUGGCUCCGGAGGACUGCGAGCUGCAGUGCCUUGGGGGGAGCAAAGGAGCUGUGUCCCCCAGGAAGGGAAGAUGAUCUGUGCUCUGUCCUCCAAUCAUCUGUCAAGAAUGUCAGGAAAUCAUUGUGGACUAUUUGAAAAAUGUUUGUUUAAAAUAGUGGGGUGCCCUUCAUUGAAGCAGUUAUUUAUUUUGUGUCACUUACUUUCCCAUCAGUCAUAUAUAUUUUUCUCCUCGACAUGCACUCUUUCAAAACCUAGUUCAGUAAUCACCAGUAAUUUUUAUAGAAUAUUUCAACAGCCCAGUCAGUGAUUUGAUUAAAGUUAUUUAUUUUAUUUACUGAACUGACAGUACAGCAUAAAUCUGUCUUUCGGUGUGUGUUGUACAGUAGGUCUUUGUACUAUAAGGAAAACAAGGAGUGGACUUCUGUGCAAUAAUCUUUUUUUAAACAAUUUUUAAAAAGACCAUUAAUCCUUUUAAGCCCCUCAGCUCUUAAUGAGUUUGUCAGAAACCCCAAAUAAGGUGCCAAAGGUUGAUUUUGGCUAGAGACCAAAUAGCUAAUCAUCUGAAAGUGUAACAAAACCAAUGCCUUUGUACUCACUGGUUUAGUUGCACACAUGCGUGCGCGCGCGUGUGUGUGUGUGUGUGUGUGCGUGUGUGUGUGUGUGUGUGUGUGUGUUCACGUGUAUCAGACUCAGCCAGCAAUGCAGGAUCCCAAACAAGAGUCAUGUAUUGGCGGAUGUCUGUCUUGCCGUGAAGCAGUUUUACAUUCGAGGUUCGUUAAGUUGUUGUUUUGUCUUGUCAAAGUGCUCCUACCUGCCCUUGCUAAUGAAUCCUCUUUGAAGACCUACUGGUCAGUUUGUGCAGAGCAUUUCUGAUUCCUGUUUUUCGGUACACCGAUAGGGGGAAGCACACUCCAUUCAGGCCUUGGGGUGAUGACUUGUUCUGGCUGAUGAGAGCGUUAGUAUUAGCAUCAGUGCUGAUGGAACGCCUGACCCAGCACUCUCCUCACAUAGGAGCACAGGAGUGUAACUGCAGUGCAUAAGCCAUAUUAGGGUGAUUACCACCUGCAUGCAUGUAUUCGGCAAUUACUGGGUAGGAAAAUGUGUUUCUGCGUCUUUGUACAUCUGCUGUGUCUGUUGUUAUAAAAAGUGAUUUGCAUGUCCAUCUAAAAAAAAAAAGGUGCUGAAAUGUUGUUUUUGUACGUCUUUUUGUAACAUUAAGCCUGAUGUUUUAAUUAGUCAAGUUUUAGUAUUGAAUUUGAGAACAAAGUAUUAAUCACCGUCUUAUUUUAUAAAGAAAAUAAAUGAGAUAUUUUAAAAA